AUGUUCUCCGAAGCUCCCAUCGUCGUGCUUCACUUGGGAAGCCGCACCCCAGACUCCUGGACAUCCGAACGUUUUCCACGUUUGUUGCUUUUACAUGCUGCCCCCAUGGAGCCCGAUGCGCACCGAAGCUUCAACUUCAACAAAUUGAGAUCCUUCCUGAUCUCUCGCGCCGUCACGGGCGUGGAGUUGGAUUCUGAUCAGUUUGUGGGGUUUGAUAUGAGCGAAAAGGAGGGAAGGGCGAUGUGGCAUCUUGUGUUGACUUUGCUUCCUGAAAUGCUCUCACCUUGCAUACCCGGCCUUCGGAAGGAGAUCACGCAAGCAACUCCUCUUCCAAUUCUGCCGGUGCAUUUCUACAGCUUCACGCAGGCUCAUGCAGCUGCUAUGGUGUUGGCACUGACGACUCAUGAUGACUCAUGCUUGUGCCUGCAAGCACCACACCAUGCGAUGGAGCCACGCCCAUCCAACAUGGACACGCGGACCUUCUAUUCCCUGCCUUUCCUUGGACGCUGGCUCCGCCGCCACUUCAGAGAUGAGAAACUGCCUGCAGUGACGGACAACGCUGGUGAAUUGGCUGCCCUUGCCGUGGCCAAGAUUCCAGAGGACGAGGACCUUCUGAACGUGGCGACCUGGGAAGAGGCUUUGACAAAGCAGUGGUGCAAAUUCGAUAACGAUUAUCAUGAAUUUGCUGACAUGCUGAGCUGGAGCCCUCAGAACGGAGAUGCAACAAGCACCGGCGACAUUGCCAACGAUCCAAAAUUCUACCCCCACGGCGCAGCCAAGGUGGAAGCUGUGGCAGAGAUCGAGACACGGUGGAAGCAGGGUCUGUACCCGACAUCCACUAUCACGUACCAGGGAAAUGGCCCUGCCAUAAUGCUGAUCGGCGUGAUCGGCGUCGUCUGCGUUGCCGUUGCUGCCCUGGGCCGGAAAGUCAAGAAGGAACGGGAGAUGGUGUUACACUGCAAGCUGAGCGCGCAGCAGAGAGAGAGGCUCGGCGGCGACAAGAGGAAACUCGAGGCAAAGGCGGGGGCAGACGCGGCGGAAGAAGAUAGCUCUGAAAUUGUCGGGCAGAAUGAAGCGCAAAGCGAGGCAACGCAGUUUGUGCUUACAAGGUGUGCGGUUUUGUCUGAUGGCAACAACGGCGGUAAUGUUCAUGUUGCGAUUGGAAACGUGGAGGCGAGCAAGCAAGAGGGCCACGCCAAGCCUUUUCAUGGUGAUGCAGAGGAGUCGUUGGGGCCCACGUCAUGGCACCAGUCUGAUGCUGCUGUGAAUUGGCCACUCCAUCGCCUUCCUGCACAGCCCGCAACUGUGCGAACCGUGCGAGUCGGUCAAGCAGGGCGAGCCGUCAGUGUUUCGGAUGAGGAGCUUGCUGCCAUCGCUCCGGUCGAAAUUAUCCGCCAUGCGCUGCCACAUAAGCUGGCCGACCAGCUUCUGGAUUCGCUGCUCCGGGAAUCGGAUUCCUGGAAGGCCAGCUCCUGGAUCGUACAUGGGAAGGAGUUCGCAACUCCCCGGACAUCGGCCAUCUAUGAAUUCGCUGGUGGCAGUGGGUCCAAUGGGAGCGAAGACGGCUUCGGCAAGGAGGAAGGUCGUACCAGAUGCGAGCCGUCUGCAGCCCUUGAUCGAGCGGCCAUCUUCAUCCAAAGCCUUGUUCGUGAAAAGAGGCCGUACACGAACUGGGUGCCUACGCUUGCUUUGGGAAACCGUUAUGAACAUGGAAGAAAUUGUGUCGGUUGGCAUUCGGAUUUUCUCAACUCCCUUGGACCACGGCCGAUCAUCGUGGGUCUCUCGCUGGGAUCUUGCCGUCGUUUCUGCCUGCGCCGAAGUACUACUCCAGAUUCACCGCGUGAUGCCAGCAAGACCGUUGUGGCAUCCAUACCAAUGCCUCACAACACAGUUGUCAUCAUGUGGGACGAUUGUCAGGAAGAGUGGCAGCACUCUGUCCCCAGACAAGCUGACUCCACUGUCGAGAAGCACACCGUGGCAGGCCUUGUGCGAUUGUCAUUGACCUUCCGAAUGUCGCGCCCAGAGCUCGCGCAGCAUCAGAAAUCAUGUCACUGUGGCAGGCCGAGUGCGCUUAAAAGCAAAGAAGGACGGUACUACCUGGCCUGCUGCCCCAUGGGGACGUCCAGACAGUGUGGCUUUUGGGAACCGUGCUCUUGGGCACAGGAGGAGGCGGAACGGCUGAGGCAGCAGAUGAAGCUUGGGAUGGAAAGCCUCGGAACUCUAGGAACAAAAGCAGAAAGCUGCACAUGCUCUCACCGCAGGCUGCCUGGCGUAGAGUCGUUCUCGAACUCACGGUCCCGCAGUGCAACGAGCACGACAGGGAAUGCUAGAUCUGGUAACCCACAUGUUGCAGACACGGUUUCCAUCGAAAUUUCAGAUGACGACAUGCGAUGA